AUUAACCCGUCUCGAUUUACUGAGCCAUCAUCAAAAAAACGUGAUAAGACAGCAGUAGCCUUUGUCAAAGGUAGUCGACUUGGAAGUCGCUUGUGAAGCGGCAUCCUUGUGCAUUUAUAAAACAUCAUCAUGCCUCAGGAGGAAAGACAACCUCUUUUAGGGCCCAACAAUCAAUCGACUAGUGGGCCCACCAGCAAGAACACCAGCUACAUAUCCGAACAAACUCGCAAUGGUGGUGAUCGUGCUGGGCCCAGUGCUAGUAAUCGUCGGUACGAAGAAAAUAUUGCUCAAGUCGAGCUGCCGCCCGCGUUAAUGCCACAAUCGCCUCCAUAUGGGUCGAAGAUACCCUGCAAGGUUUGUGGGGAGACAAUCGAUUUGACAGAUCGUAUGGACUCACCGGUGGUAAAAUGCGCCAAAUGUAACGAAAGCACGCCUAUACGUUCAGCUCCUCCAGGCAAGAAGUACAUUCGUUGCACGUGUCGAUGUUUGCUCAUCUGUAAGGCCACCGCGCAGAGGGUUUCGUGUCCCAGAAGCGAUUGUGGUCGUGUUCUCUACCUGGCGCCGUUACCGAAUUCGUUCCCGGGCUACUCUUUACCCGGCCUGUGUUCUGUAUCGUGCGGGUAUUGUGGGCAAGCUUUUAUGUUCAAUACGUUUAGCAACGCCUUGGCACGAUGCCCCAGCUGUCGCAAGGUGACAUCGGUUGGAGCAGAAUUUGCCCGAAGUCGUGGCCUCGUCUUUUUCAUUCUUUCGCUUUUAUCGGCCGUUGUGGGGAUUGCCCUCACAGCAGCAACAUAUAAGGUAGCGGGUGGACAGAAGGCUUGGCUUGUCGCCUACAUUAUAUGCUUUCUCUUGUUCGUCGUCCUAUUCCUGCGAGCUAUCUACUAUUGUACACUCAAGGUAUCACAUGUAAACGUACCUGGAGGGUCAAAUUCGACCGUGGCCUCUCUACAGCCUGACACAUUAGGACAUGUCAAUGCAUAAAAACAUCAGACUAUUUUGAGAGCAAGGUGAAAGCGCGAGGCAGAUAGAGCUUGACAUAUGGUAACCCUGAAACACACUUGCCUUUUUCACGGCAGCAAAUGCUGUAUCGCCUGACAAGUCAUAUAGUAACAACUAAUACUGUUAUUAUCUAAAUGAUAUGCCGGAAUCUAGACGUGAGCCUAAAAUAGGGUUUACACAUGAUAAAGGGAACGGACGGACAGACCCUAAUUAGCUUUUCAAGAAUAGGUCGCUGCAGGCCAAGCAGAAAUCAGAAGGAAUUUCGUCACUUGUUUAUUGGAGUUAGGUACAACCAAUCAGUCCCCAAACGGCAGACUUCUUUCCGCCAUCUCCUGCAAAUGUCCAGUGGACUCUCGUAAUGAGAAGGGAGUCCGUACCUUAUUGAAUCUGUACAUCAGACACAGCAGUGUAGCAUAAGUGGCAUAAAUCAAAGUGAGAAAAAAGGAAGUGCCAGGAGUCGGCGAGAAGGAUGACGCAUCGGGACAUGCAAGUGAUCAGACACUACAAUGGAGAAUAACAAAAGGGUUAUGGAGCAACAACAGAAUGCCGGUAACAAACGAAAGGAAUAAUGGAACGGAUUGCUUGGCAGUAAGGGCGCGUCAGGUAGACAUGAUACGCGUGAUCUCUUUGUCUCUGCAUAAAUUUAGCAGUGGAGGUUUUGCAGAUGAGAAUGCAGAAGCACGGCAGAAGACGUCAUCAAAAAUAUGGAAGAGGUGACUAAUAGACAGCCGAAACAACCCACGAAAGAAAAAUAUGUAACUAAAACGAUAGGAAUUCGAGAAGUAGGACACGAAGCAGUGCGCAACGGUCAGUAUGCACCGGUGUUAUUCUUUCAGAAACACAAACGUAAUAAUAGGAAAUCGAGCUAAGUAGCAUAACAACAACCUGGAGGAUCGAACUAACUCUAGAGGGAUAAUAUCACGCUAAUGACUAGCAUGACGAGGGAAAAUGUGAGGUGCGCCAUUUAUCUGUGAAUUACUCUAUCAUGGCAUACGGCAUCAGGAACAAACGACAGUACAUUUGAGCCUUUACAAAGCGGCGACAAGCAACGAAAAGUGACCUAAUUACUUGAUACAAGUGGAUAAUUCUUCCUCUCGCAUUGCCGAUGUGUCUAAUGGUCUACGAAACAAUAGUUGUACACUGUAUGGCUCGACGACUCAAAUGACAGGAAGAAAUUGCCGUUGUCAUCAGUUAACAUUCAGUUAAUAAUUUGAUGCAAAAAGAUGCCAAUGGAGAGCGGAGUUCGAGGAAAGAACAGCCUACAACUAGCCGGCUGUUUAUACUCUAGGGUUAAAGACCACUGAUUAUAGAGUUGUCCUUAGCGUAGAUGCUUACGAUCAUGUAUGGGCGUACUAAACCAAGCGCUAAGCGUUCAUCGUAGCAUCAAACGCACCAAUACGUUAUAAAAGCCUUGCUCUUCAGUAGCAAACGAGUUAUGCUAGAAUUAUUAAGAACAAAAUAUUAAGAACGAAUAUGAGAUUGUAUAUUGAGAAAAGCAGACAACUUAUAUAUAAGAAAAGGCAAACCAUGAAAUGUGCUGUUGUGAGUUCCUUAACGUCGGUUUGAAGCCGACUCGAUUUUAACAGCAAAACGGAGCAGACGGAACGAGAAGGCCGAAAAAAGUAUGUAGUUUAAAAAGCAUAUAUACACAUGUGUUGAAUGGAUUAGAGAAGGAAAAAAGAAAGGUGGAGUUGAAGCUUUAUUUUUUUGAAAAUAUAAAAAAUGAUUAAUCUAAUUACGACAACAAAAAUGCUGAUAAGAUUAUUACCAUAUUUUAGUCGGCUACCUUACAUAAUUUAUUAAAAGAAUGAAAUGACUAACUGAGAAGAAAAUUAGUCAAUGAAGAAAUUAGCAACAGUGGUUUCUUCAAGUCGGAAUGACAAAAUAUUAUGCUAACAAUGGCGGCUUCUGGGUACAGAUACUACAGGAGGCAAUGAAAUAGUAGUACGUUAUUAGAGAAAAUUGUAUCAUGAUCGGUUCGCUAUUAUUGUCACCAUUGCUGUCCAAUAGUUUACGAGAUCAAAAAGACGCCAGAUGCUCUUUAUACGAGUAAUAAACCAUAUAGUAAUAUGCGCGGAUGGCACCAUGGUUUAUGGUUUGUUAGCCUUCUCUUCAUCUGCAGGCGUUAUGCCUGUGAAAAAAUGAUAGAAUAGCAUUUUCCAUAUUCGGAACCCCGUAUCAACCAUUCGGACAGUAUAUAUGUACACGAUAAUACAACGCUGUGUGUGUGUGGGUCUGUGCGUGUGUGUGAUGUAUGUACGAUGUGUGUAUGUCAAAAAGUGCAUGCGUGUAAUAUUUGUGAGACUUUGAUCGCAAGAAAGAGGAGUGUCUAUAUCAUUUGAUUAAAAAAAGUCGAAGUCGUUAUCAGAGUCAGUUUGUUACUGUUACAAACGUAAACUCAAGCAACGUGGUGGAUGGCAAAACCGGGCGGGAUGAGUACCUUAUAGAUCAAUACCAAUAAGUAGAAAUUGCAUUUUGUUUUCUCUUCAGCUUCAGUGCAAGGCUCCUUUGAUCUUUUCGGGCACGCCACGUGCUUGUGAUAACGACUGAUCGUGGUGUGUGAAUAUCGCUAAUGUAACACAUAUAUGUAACGAAGAUUUAAGCUUCAGGCUUUAUUGUGGGUUUGUUGCCAACCAAACUAAACCUGUGUACAAUUUAAAGCAAGAAUAAACCGAAUAUGAAGCGAUUACGAAUGUAGUUACGGUAAACAGAAUAAUAAUUACGAACAUUUUUAUGAUCAUAAUAGGUGGAACAAUAUUAACUAGAAACAAAGGUAAAAAUACACAAACGAAUUGAAAAAUAGAAUAACGAUAAGGAAAGCGACGGUCGAACUGAAGAUUAACACUCAAGAUCCCUUCCCACUAGCGACUUCGUUUCUAUGUAGAGCAGGAAAUUUCUCUAAGUAAUGUCAAAGCUUGAAAUCAGAUGAGCUGUUAAAGAGAAAUAAAUAAAUACAAACCGAUAACGACGAGAGAGCCAAUGUAAGCUUUUCGUUACGAACACAAAAUCCUUAUACAUGUUUGACAAUAUCAUAUACAAGCAAGCGACAACUGCAGUAAAAUAGCCGGGUAAUCAUAGAUUAUGCUCAGCAGAAACUGCGAAUUAAAAGACAAGUUUAUAAAAAAUAGUGUGUAUAUAAUGUAAGUAGGUAACAAUAAGGGAAGUCAACAACGGCAGAAAAGCUUAAAAACAGCUUAAAAAGAUGUACACGCAGCGUGAACCGACGGAUACGAACAGUCUCGUCAGCAACUCACCUUGAAUAAAGGAUUUUUUUAAAUGGA